GUUCUCGCUGAGCUUGAAAACGAGAGCUGUGUAGGAUGAAACCCGGGACUUAUGUGAGACAAUGUAGCGUUUAAACUCGAUGUCAUGGUACUGAUGGAGUGGAUUGUUAUAAAGAAUAAACCACACACAGGAAGGUAUCACUUCAUGUCCUGUGGUCGCGUGUGUCACUGCAAGGAUGUGAAAUGUCGCUGGGAAACACUUAACACUGAAUCAUGACAUUGGUUGGCAACAUGACCACCAUACGACCAUUAAGACGGUCGAAAACCAUUGCUGUGUCCGACUUCCAAUCGGCCAGACGGUUUGAUGACCAGGAAAAUAAAGAAAAUUCUCCAUCAAAAGAAAUGAAGACAAGAACACCUGGGCCAUCUUGUCAGGCUCUGCGCCAUGCUGUAUCAUCACUUACCAGAUUGGAUGACUUUAAUUUGGAGAAAAUUGGCUGUGGAUUUUUCGCAGAAGUCUUCAAGGUUACACACAAGACGACUGGACAAGUGAUGGUGCUGAAGAUGAACAGUAACUACUGUAACAGGAUGUCCAUGUUACGAGAAGUUCAGCUGAUGAAUAGAUUGGCUCAUCCCAACAUCCUCAGAUUCCUUGGUGUGUGUGUUCAUGAGGGACAACUACAUGCUUUGACAGAGUUCAUGAAUCGAGGGGGUUUGAAUGAGGUUCUGGCAGACAAGACUCUGGAGCUUCCUUGGACUAUGAAGAUCAAGUUGGCCUUGGACAUUGCUAGUGGGAUGAAAUAUCUUCACUCCAGAGGUGUUUUCCAUCGUGAUCUCACGUCAAGGAAUGUGUUGUUGUGUGGAGAUGAGGAGAACUUAAGUGCAGUGGUGGCAGACUUUGGUUUGGCAGCCAAGAUACCUGAUCCACUAGAUAAAGACAACUGCCUGCCUAUUGUGGGUUCUCCCUACUGGAUAGCCCCGGAAGUCUUGCAGAACAAGUGGUACAACGAAAAGGCUGAUAUCUUCUCCUUUGGAAUCAUCCUUUGUGAAAUUAUAGCGAGGAUAGAUGCUGAUCCAGAAAUACUUCCUCGAACACAGAACUUCGGCCUAGAUUAUGUGGCAUUUAGUGGACUGAUAGACUAUUGUCCUUUGGACUUCCUGCGUCUGGCUUUUACCUGCUGCCAUGUGGAUCCAUUGAGAAGACCAGUAUUUGCUGAGAUAGUCAUAUCUAUUGAGCAAAUCCUAAGAAACCUUGAGGAUGACUGUAUCAAGGAAAAUAGAAAUGGAGGAUUUAAGCGGCCAGGCCAUAAACGGUCUUUGUCUGAGGACAAUAUCUUGCAGCUGUCAGGGGAGGAAGUGAUCGACCCUGGGGACUUCCUCACCUCUCUUACACCUCAGGUGGUACUUGGAGAAGCCAUGAGUAAAGACGACCAGUUCUACUCACCUGCUCUUUCCAAUCCAUUUGUUGGGUUUCAUCAGUUCCUGGAAAGGAAAAUUCUUGGAACUCCCAAAGGAAAACAGUCUUUUGGUUUUGAAUUGCCAUCUCCUUCUAAUGCAUUCACCCCUCCAUGUAGCCCUUGUACACCUGAUCCGUACUCCGGUCGCCAAAGAAACAAAUCGGGCCCACAGAGCCAGUCACUGCCUUCAUCUCCAGUAUUGUUGAGGAAAGCAGCAGAGAGACUUCAUCAGGAGUCCAUUCAUGGCUCUGCUUCACGCCGACACUCCAUGGCUCCUUCUAAGUUCACAUUUAGUCAGAGAUCAAGGUCAAAGAGUACAGUAUUUCCAGAAGCUCUUGCAUACCGACUCCAGACUGAGUUGGCAGGUAGUAUUGAGAAAGGGCUAGCCUCUCAGUCGGAGAUCUGUGAUGAUAAUGUAGAUACUAAUAAUGACUUCACUGGAACUAACAGAUCCAGUCUACACAGACCCAAGAGAAAGCUAUACACAAAUGAACAGUCUAGUACAGAUUCUCCAUUCUAUGGAAGUGGCUCCGGAGAUAGAGUAGAACACAGGUGUGAACUCGGGGGCAGUGGGGGAGUAGAACACAGGUGUGAACUCGGGGGCAGUGGGGAUGCAUGUAAUGUCUCCGUCAACAGCUGGAACAAUGGCUUGCUGGGAUCUAACCAUGACUUACGUGAUUAUGUGUCUUCAAUCAGCUCGACGGAGUCAUUCAUGUCGAUUGAUGAGAAUUCAGUGACGCCCAUUAGUCCAGUGUCUGAGGGCAGUUAUCAAGACUUCUUCACUGCCAAAAAAGAAAAUGUGAAUAGGUGUUCUAGAUCCUCCAGUGAGGAUUCUAUGGAAAAUGUGCGACAAGGAGGACGUGAGCGACAUAGGCGAGUCAUGGAGACAAAACUAUAGCUUAUGUUUCUAAUAUUGAUGAUCUUCAGUUAUUGAUCUGUAUAGUCCAAAAACUGACUGGUGCCAAUGUAUACACCACAGUGUGGUGAUCUUGAUACGUCCUGAAAAUGUCAGUUAUUGGAUAUGAUAAUGGAAUACGAAAGCGUUGAGCCGGCUUUACUUUAACAGUAGAUUGUGUUAGGUAGAAGCUAAGUUUUUCCUCUGCUUUAUUAACAGCGUUGAGACACAUUUAUGGCAAACUGAUUCCACUCACAUAUAAUAAUGCAAGUAUUAUUUUGUAGUCCUGUUUUUGAUUGUUGGUUUAAAACGUCCGUAAAUGGUGAUACUUACCGGUAAUGACACCAUUCAUAAAGCCAUAUAUAUAUAUAUACCAUAGAUAUCCGGACACCACAAUGUCUUAUAUAUAUACCAUAGAUAUCCGGACACCGGAAUGUCUUAUAUAUAUAUAUAUAUAUAUAUAUACCAUAGAUAUCUGGACACCAGAAUGUCUAUAUAUAUAUACCAUAGAUAUCCGGACACCAGAAUGUUCUAUAAAACUGCCUUGCGUGUAUAUGUUGAUGUAUGUCUGUGACAGAUGUACCUGUUGAUGGAACUUGUUCUUUGACAAAGCUGAUUUCUAUUCAGCUAUUUGUCUGUGUGCAGCCAAUCAAUGUUCAAAUACAUCAGUUAAUAAGCUGUCAUGAAUGACAUCAGUUAAUAAGCUGUCAUGUAUGACAUCAGUUAAUAAGCUGUCAUGUAUGACUUUAUUUUUAUGAUGAAAUCAUUUUACUUGGCAGAAAAAUGUAUUAUUAUUGUAAUAUUUUAAGGAAAUAUCAGGAUAAUCAGAAUUACGUAUUUAUGAAUUUCUAACUUUGAAGUAAACAAGAGUAUAAUGUUACCCAGAUGCUAUCUUAAAUGAAAGUCUUGAUUAAGUAAUUAUGGAAUGAUAAUGAAAGAAAUCAUAUUGAUGUUCAUUAAAUGGCAGCUUUAGGAUGUGGAUACUUUUGAUAUUAACUGUGAAGAUCACAUUAAUUAAUUCCAUGUGUGUUGGUGUGUAAAUAUUUCAACAACACAAACUUUGUAAUUUUGUUAUGAGUUACUGAAAUGUGAAUAGUAUGUCAGGUUGAGUAUUUAUAAAGGUUUUGAAUGUGUCGUGUGAUAACUGUUUUGUAAGGUUGUGAAGAUGCAUUUGAUUAUGCUUUGGCAGUUUUUGUGAUUCUUUUUAUUGUUUCUCACAGCCAAUUGUUAUUUGUUAUUAAUUAAGUCUUUUUCUUUUUGUACUGGUGCCAUCAGUUUUUUUCACAAUCAUGUUCAAUCUUUUGUGUUCUAUAUAUAUACAGUUCUUUAUUUAUACAAUAUCAAAAUAUAUUCACCAACAAACUAAUCAAUUUCAUACAUUUUUUAACUUAGGUUAGUAAAUACUGCAGAUGAUUUUUUUUCUCGUUCUGAAAGAUAGAGAUUACUUCUUGAAAAGUUAACUUCAUGUCUUUACUUAUGGAAUAAUACCACAUAUACAGAAUGUACACUGCUAUAGCAUCACUCAUCCACUGUCAUCUAUUUAUUUUAAAAAAUAUAUAUAUAUCCACAUUAAAUUGUUCUGGAUUUAUCGGAAGUCAGUUUGGUGAAAACUUGAGCUCCAAGAAAGUUUAACAGAGAUAAAGUGAGCUUUUUUGGUAGAGGAAAUAAAGACUACGGGUUAUAAAUUAAUUUUGAACAGAACCUAAAUGACUUGAUAUAUUGCGAGACUAUCAUCUCAUUUCUGUCUCCAAAUUAAAAUGUUCCAAACUAGAAUUGGUUACUAUUACGUGUAUAUAAUUUGCAAUUUUAAAUGAAUUGUUUAUUCUUUCAGGACUAAAUAUUUAUUUUAGUUAGAUUUUCCUCUGAAGAAUGUGCAAAUGAAUAUAACUUGAGAAUUUUUGUGAAAGAUUAUAGCAUCAGAUUCAUGGAAGAAUAUUUCAGUGAGAAAUUAUUUUGUAUUAUUGUUUAUUAAAUUUGUAAAUAUAUAUUGUACAUUUUGAAUCAGAGUAUAGAGUCUUUAUGUUACGUAAAUAUUCAUUGAUUUAAAUUUUUUGUCUACAUUUGUUAAAAGUUUUAAAAGAAGAAUAUAUUUAAGGAGAUGGAAUGUGUAUUUCUUUCUGUGUUGUUAAUGCUUUUUUUCCUGCUAAACAUUCCUCUGUUACUUCUGUGUUAUUUAGACUUAAUCACAUAUAGAGGCUCGACAGAAUGUUCUUGUCUAAUGAGUAUAUUAUUAAUAAUUACAAAAAAACAUGUAUAAUAUUUAAACCUGAAAUGUGAACUACUUAAUGGUAUACAGUAAAUGUCAGUUGAUUGGUUAUUUUUCUGUAAGUAAUUAUAGGAUACAUAUCUAUUUAUAAUAUUAAACAAUAUCCAUUAUUAAUAGAUUAGUUAGGAAAUAAGUGAAGAUGUUUUGGUUAUCUAAUGAAAUCAGCAAUUUACUGCACAUUUCCCCUGUGUCAUCAACAAUUCACUGCACAUUUUCCCUCUGUCAUCAGAAAUUCACUGCACAUUUCCCUGUGUCAUCAGCAAUUUACUGCACAUUUCCCUGUGUCAUCAACAAUUCACUGCACAUUUUCCCUCUGUCAUCAGCAAUUCACUGCACAUUUCCCUGUGUCAUCAGCAAUUCACUGCACUUUUUCCCUCUGUCAUCAGCAAUUUACUGCACAUUUCCCUGUGUCAUCAGCAAUUCACUGCACAUUUCCCUGUGUCAUCAGCAAUUCACUGCACAUUUCCCUGUGUCAUCAGCAAUUCACUGCACAUUUCCCUGUGUCAUCAGCAAUUCACUGCACAUUUCCCUUUGUCAUCAGAAAUUCACUGCACAUUUCCCCUCUGUCAUCAACAAUUUACUACACAUUUCCCCUCUGUCAUCAGCAAUUUACUGCACAUUUCCCCUCUGUCAUCAGCAAUUUACUGCACAUUUCCCCUCUGUAAAACCAGGACUACUUUAUUGUGAAUCAUUUUACCUCCAAGAGCUGUGUAUAUAUGUACUUACUGUUAAGGGCUAGCUGCCUGACUGUUCCAGAAAUAUGUACUUUACUGACAUAAAAAGUCUGAUUACUUCCUGUAAAAUCCUUGUUUAUUGUAUUAGAUACUUAUGUACUGGCUACUUCCUCUAAACAUCUUACUACCUGAAUGAAAUUCUGACUUCUUUUGAUCCAGUUACUUUUCUUUACCUCAUACCCGUACUCUGUUUUUACGAUGGUCCCAUUAUACUUUGAACUUAUUACCACCUGAAAACUUCCUGUAGAUUUUUGUCCUUCUCUCAGGUUACAGGAUCAUCCCACAGGCUGAUCACAACUCUGUAGAAAUCAGCAGACUUCUCUCUACCUCCCCAGUCACUAUAUAUGUUUGAGCUGUCUUAAUGUUGUGUUCAGUAUCCUCAAACAUUUAAGGAAGUUGGUUUGAACAUGCCUGUACAUUUGUUGGUUACUGCCGGAAAAUAAUUUAAUUUUUGUCUUUAUGCACUUGUUAUGAAAUCUAGACUUAAUUUACAAUGUACUUAAUUUUAUUCAGAAGAUUUUACUAUUUAAAUCCUUACAGAUCAUGGUAUUAUUAGAUAUGUUGUUUAGUUUCAUUUGAAAACUUCUCAUUUAAGUUAUGAUUUUUUCAUGCACUUCAAAUAUUUUUACACAAUAUCCUUUAUAAGUUAUCCUGCCUUUCUCAAACCUUCUAGGAAAAGGCUCCUUGUAUCCGCUACAAUAAAAAUCAAAAUUAUUCAAUAAAUUUCAUAUUAUGAACAUAAUGGUUUAUCACAAAAUAAAAAGAAGAGUGCCAACUCCUGAAUCCAGGUAUCUAAAUGUUGUAUUUAAAAGGAAUGCUGGUUGCCGACAUGUUUCGGCCUAAGGUAGGCCAUCCUCAGGGCACAGCUUACAUAGUACAGUGUUACAUGAUGUACAGGUAGUGGUAAGUGGAGACAAUAGAGGUCAUGUGAUAAUAACAAGACAAUUAUGACGUCAUCAAUAAGUUUCCAAGGAAGUGGUUAAGGAGUACAGACAUAGUUCAAUUGUGAUUGGUCUAAAAUAAAGAAAUAGAUAGGAGAGCAAUAAAAGAGUUUUCUAGUUCUAAUAUCGUCAGUGGAUAUUUAUAAUUUGUGUUUAAUUGAUAACCAUCACAGGUACAGGCAAAUUUCCAACUCCAUAGUCUACAGUAUAUUAUAAUAUAUAUUUAUUGUACAUAUACGUGCUAGGGUUCAGCAAUGAAUCCCUGUAAUGAUCACACAGUAGUUUUUGACUUUGCUGUAGGACAAGACCUGUAGUCGGUCAUUUGAUUUAUAAUAUGUGCAAUAUAACUAAUUACCUCCCUUUAUGUGUCAUGUAAUACUUGUCAAUUAAGACAAUUAUUGUUAGCCCUUUUACUACAUGAUGUUAUGUAUGUUAACUAUGAUCUUGAUAGUAUUGCUGUAAGUAUUCCUUUUACUGACUCAAGCUGUUGACUCUGGGUUUAUUUGUGUUGAAAAAUACAUAAAAAAAAAUUAUCUGUAUUGCAAGCAAUGUAUUUUUUUCUCUUAUGAAAUAUAGAACCAGCCUUAUCUGUCCAUCUCUAGUUUACAUAAUGUACUUCUACAUGCCUGGAGAGGGCACAGUUACCUGUAUGUUUACCUGGAACAAAGUUAAUUAUCAUCACGAUAACGAGUCCCAUCUUAUCUCAGUACAGUUACUGGGGUACUAUGUAUUGUACUGUAGAUACAGUUACUGAGGUACUAUGUAUUGUACUGUAGAUAGGUACUAUGUAUUGUACUGUAGAUACAGUUACCGAGGUACUAUGUAUUGUACUGUAGAUACAGUUACCGAGGUACUAUGUAUUGUACUGUAGAUACAGUUACUGAGGUACUAUGUAUUGUACUGUAGAUAGGUACUAUGUAUUGUACUGUAGAUACAGUUACUUAGGUACUAUGUAUUGUACUGUAGAUACAGUUACCGAGGUACUAUGUAUUGUACUGUAGAUACAGUUACCGAGGUACUAUGUAUUGUACUGUAGAUACAGUUACCGAGGUACUAUGUAUUGUACUGUAGAUACAGUUACCGAGGUACUAUGUAUUGUACUGUAGAUAGGUACUAUGUAUUGUACUGUAGAAAUGUAUGCUAGUAUUUUCUAUCAUUAGACAGUUUUACAGUUCCUUUUUAAUAUUUUAAAUAAAAAAAGUCAGCUCAAACAAAUAAUGUGCCGACUCAGGAUUGUGUUUGCAACUCUACCUGAUCAUCAUUAAUGAACGUUAUUGUAAGGUAAUAUGUCCUCAAUCCUACUUUUACAGCAACUCCAUAUUUGUAUAACACAACAUACUUCACAGUGUGUUUGAACAGUCUGGUUUAGAAAACGACACUGAAUGUGAAGUGUAGCGUUGAACAAGGUGCAUGCCAUCUUACCAACUAUUUUUCUUUCUUUACUGUUAGAAUGUCUUGUACCUCUGUGGUUAUUUUGUUAUUUUUUCUAUUAAAUAUUGUUGUUUUCUUGACAAUUUAAUGUUGACUGUUAAAUAGCACUAGAAUCAAUGAAUCCUACUUCUAUAGGUGACACUUGUUGAUGGUCCCAUUACCUCUUUUAUAUGUGGUUGUUGUAGAUAUACACAAACAUUGUGGCAACGAAAUAGAGGGUAGCUGUGAUAUACAUAUUCUUUUUUUCAGAAAUGUUUCUGUGAAAAUGAUAGAUUAAUAGAACUAGGAACUAUGAUAUUAAUAGAACUAGGAACUAUGAUAUUAUAGUACUAAGAACUAGGAUAUCAAUAGAACUUGGAACUAUAAUACUGUAGAACUAGGAACUAUAAUACUGUAGAACUAGGAACUAUAAUACUGUAGAACUAGGAACUAAGAUAUCAAUAGAACUAGGAACUAUAAUACUGUAGAAAUAGGAACUAUGAUAUCAAUAGUACUUGGAACUAUGAUACUAUUGUACUAGGAACUAUGAUAUUAAUAGUACUUGGAACUAUAAUACUAUUGUACUAGGAACUAUGAUAUUAAUAGUACUUGGAACUAUAAUACUGUAGAACUAGGAACUAUAAUACUGUAGAACUAGGAACUAUGAUAUUAAUAGUACUUGGAACUAUAAUACUGUAGAACUAGGAACUAUAAUACUGUAGAACUAGGAACUAUGAUACUGUAGAACUACGAACUAUAAUACUGUAGUACUAGGAACUAUAAUACUGUAGAACUAGGAACUAUGAUACUAUUGUACUAGGAACUAUAAUACUAAAGUACUAGGAACUAGAAUAUUAUAGUUCUAAGAACUAUGAUACUGUAGAACUAGGAACUAUGAUAUUAAUAGAACUAGGACAUUUUAUAGAACUUAAAUGGAUCUAUGCUAUUAAAGUACUGUUUGACACAUUUCCCAUGAUGCACAUUACUGUAUGGAUGAAUAUGAAUGAUAAUACAAUGUGUACAAAAAAUAUGUUUCUUGAAUAUCUUGGUGUUUAUAUAUGGAGAGAACUUAUUAACCAUUAAGGAAAGAAUAUGGCAUUAAUAAAUGUCUUAAAGAGAUGAGCAUAUAUAUAAAUAGUUAAAUUAUAAAAUAAUAUAAUCAUGCGUUAUUUUACCUUGUAGGUGAAAUUCAGUACAUGUUAUAUACUAAGUGUCAUAAUGCCAAAAGGAUCACUGCUGCUAGUAGAUCUGUUACAUCGCCAUGUUACUUAUAAAUAUAUUUUUAAAUGAUAUGAAUAUUGUUGGACAAAUGGUAUGCUGUAGAUGCUGGAUUAAAUGUGUGUGGUUGUAUGAAUGGUCAGGUUACCCUGGCAACACACAUACUAUGGAAAUAUGAUUUUGAUUAAACAGUAAAUGUUACUUCACUAAUUA